AUGACCAGUUCAGAAAAGGAUAAUUUGCAAGAAAAUGCAUUUGGCUCACUGUUUCCAACGGCGGAUUUGGGUGCAUCUGUCGAAAGUAAUGGCAGUGUAAAUGCGUCAGUAUUUGUAAAUCCAUCGGUUAUGUUACGUGACCAAUUAAGCAGUGCCACAUCUUUCGCUCUGGUUGAUUUUAUUGCUUCAGUGCUGAGACUUGAUUUCUGGCAAAAUAAUCACUUGAACGACAUUUUUAGUGAGUUUUGCAAAGAAGCAUUGGAAAAAGUACUCAAGUACACCUCAUUGCCAGAACGAACGAAUGCAACCGUUCGACAUCACCUUAUGGGUGAAGGCGCAAUAGACGACAUAGCAGCGUUUGUUACUCUUAUUAAGAAGGAUCCGAUCAUAGAGGAGAAAGGAGCCUUAGCUAUUCUCGUCUGUCUUUUGUCUAUUUUCACGGAGUGUGGUACUUACGAUUGCCGUUGUCGUGUUUUUUUGCGUCAUAUUUGUGCACUUUUAGCUGUAGAUUGGGACGAUUUUGAGGAUAUAGAGAAUGCGGUUGGCACAAUCACUAGAUAUCAUUACAAAGAAAGUGAAGAACAAAGAAUGAUAAGAGUUAGAGCUACAAAACUGAAAAAAAUUAAACGAUAUGCCAUGAUUGGUGCAGCGAGUGGUGUUGGUGGUAUCUUAAUAGGAGUGACCGGUGGCCUAGCGGCGCCUUUAAUAGCGAUUGGUGCAGGAACAGUAAUUGGUGCAGGAGCAGCAGCAGGUAUUGGAACAGUAGCGGGCACUACUGUACUUGGGUCAUUAUUUGGAGUGGCCGGUGCGGGAUUAACAGGUUAUAAAAUGCGGAAAAGAGUAGGUGCAAUCGAAGAAUUUGUAAUUCAACCGAUUUCUGAAGGACGAAGUCUACAUUGUGUUUUGGCAAUCAGUGGAUGGAUUGAAGAUCAAGGUGAACGUGUUUUUCAACAGCAAUGGAGGCAUUUGUGGAUGUCGCGCGAACAGUAUAUUUUGCGUUAUGAAAGUAAAUAUUUGGCGGAACUAGGACGAGCAAUUGAUUAUUUAACGUCUUUUGCAAUAUCACUCGCUGUCCAACAUACUCUGUUGGAAACUGCAUUUGCGGGUUUAGUAGCUGCGGUUGCUUGGCCAGCGGCGCUUCUUUCUGCAUCUUGUGUAAUCGAUAAUCCAUGGAAUGUUUGCGUAAGGAGAGCUGCCGAGGUCGGCGAACAAUUGGCCGAAGUAUUGUUGAGUCGUGCUCAUGGCAAUCGUCCUAUUACCUUGAUAGGAUUUUCACUUGGAGCACGUGUGAUUUUCCAUUGCUUAAUGUCCAUGGCCAAACAGAGCACGUGUUAUGGAAUAAUUAAUGAUGUGGUACUUCUUGGCGCGCCUGUAACAGCCUCACCCACUCAAUGGCAGCAAAUAAGUCAAGUUGUUGGAGGACGAAUUAUAAAUGGCUAUUGUAACAGCGAUUGGUUACUUAGGUUUAUUUAUCGUACAAUGAAUGUACAAUUUACGAUUGCUGGGACGGGUCCUGUGAUAUGCAAAAUGGAAAAGAAAAUUGUCAAUUUCAAUCUUUCUCACUUAAUAAAAGGCCACCUGGACUACUCCCGAAAGUUAACUGAAGUAUUGGAAGCAGUUGGAGUCCGGAUUACACCGCGUUGUAAUGGAUCCAUGCUAAAUGUGAAUGAAGUUACAAGAGAUGUGGAAGAGGAGAGAACUUUCUCCUAA